GCACCCAGAUAACAAGGUAUUUGAAAAACUCGUUCAGUUGUUGCCAAUCUUUCGGUAACAAUUAUUCUCCACGGACUACAACGCGAACAGAAUGAAUAAAAGUUGUGUACUAAUUCUAGUGGUUGCUUAUGUUACCCUUGUUGGAGCCGCUGAUCGUCAAGGAAUCAACUGCAAAGACGAAGACGGAGGAGCUCCAUGCGCCCGCGAUUACGACCCUGAAGAUGCGGCAGAACUCGCUGAAAAAUGGCUUUAUACAAUCAUCGCAAUCGUUGUCGGAAUCCUGGUUGCAAUCGGUGUCUUAAUAGCGAGCUGCCUGUUUUGCUCCUUUUGUCCAGCUUACAGACACCGGCAGAAGAAAGGGGUAGUUUACGGCACCACCACAACGCAGCAGCAGCAGCAGCCCGUCCCAGCUUACCCACAGCAAUCAAACCUCCAGCCACCAUUGCAGUCUUCGUAUCCUGGCGGCUUCUAUUCACCCGGUCAAGUUCAGCCACAGAUACAGCCAGCAAAUGAACCAUACUACAACAUGGCUCCAGAAUACAAACAAUACCCUGAGACCGGCCACACUACAGGUCAAAUUCAGCCACAGAUACAGCCAGCAAAUGAGCCGUACUAUAACACCGUUCCAGAAUAUAAACAAUACUCUGAGACCGGCCACACUACAGGCGCUUCAGAGGUACAGCCCCCAUACAAUCCGAAUCCACCGCCCUACUAGGACAUGAGCCCUUACUAUAAUUACACCAAACCAAGUCAACAUUCAAAUAUUUCAAUCAACUAAAUACUAUUUGUCAAUGUUCCGUCAGCAGAAACGCAAGUGAUAUUCUGUAGCUUUCCGAGCAUCUAUGGAUAGAGGUGUUUGCUAUUUGAGUUCACACAAUACGAGAUAUUACGACGCUGGGAUAUUUAUCGCAAUAAGGCGAAGUGGUAUCAAGAAUGAGAGCUUAUAGAAGUGAAGCGAAUACACUGUUUCUCUUCCCCUCGGUUUCAUCACAACAAUAUUUAUCUUUACAGGCUUAUGUAAGACUUACGUUCACAAUAACGUAGAAGUUAAAAUCCUUAUUACACAGUUGUGAAGUGAACACAGUUACUGCCUACUCUGUUUAAUUUAUAAGACAAUUGGAGUGUCUGUAGAAAUGCGGAAGUAAUUGCAUGAACAUGAUAUGAGAUGUCACUGACAUCUGGUUCUUUAUAUAAAUGAAACACGCAAAGAAGGAAAAAUUAUCAAUUACGUUUCACUAAAAACUAAUGUACAUAUAAUUAAUUUCUGUAAUUACUUGCAACCACCUUUAAACUAGUACGUAUGGCCUAUUAAUUUCAGAUAUCAAAAUACAAUUUAAAAAACAGUACCCAGUAGGCUAUCAGCCGAGAACAGUGUGUCACCAACUCACGUGUUACGGUCCUAUUGAUUGGGCGCAUUAAAGGACACGAAAUUUAUUUAAGCUUUGUCAAAUCUGUAAUUUGCACUUACACUUUAUACUAGCCUGUCUUAUGGAAUGUCACUAAAACUUACUCCUCUUAUGUGCAGGCCUACUUAAACUCUCAUAUGCUACUCAGAGAUAUAAUCUACCAUAACAACUUUCUUCUAGUGGCAGAAUCCGUAAUGUUUAAACCAGCUUAUACCAAAGUUAACUACUGGAAAAGAACUUGAGACAGUUGCACUCAUUGUCCACUAUCAUAAAAGUUCCCCUAAACUCUUCCAUGCCCUUGAUUUUCCAAGAUGUUUUUCGAUCAAAAUUAUUUUCACAUUUCUUAUCUCCUCAUUCAAGCCAUAUAUCCAACCUACCGUGGCAUACAUUAAUUAACUAACCUUAGCUUGUAUAUUACAAAGUUUGGUGCCAUGUAAUAUCCCAAAUUGCCCCACGUGGUUUUAUUCAAAUAAACUCUGUAUUCAGGAAA